GCUUGCUCCUGAAUCAUAUGCUCCAUGACGAACGACAGUAGAUCUAUGACAGUUCACCCCGGCUCGGUUCUACGACGCAGCACUGUCUUGACUUACGCUAAACCGAAUAACGAAGCUGACUUCUAACAAUCGCUCUCCGUGUAUUUGCAUGUCUCUCGGUCUUGCUCAGCCGUUCACCAACCGCACUGCACCCAACAACAGUUACGACACGGUGGCUGCAGUCAAAUUCAACUUUGCAUCACGGACCUUAUUUCAUACUUACGUGUGUCACCGGGCUUGUUGACAUGGGUAUUUCAGCUUGGCCCAUGAAAGUCUACCCGUCCCCAUACCCGCCGGUUGAAGUGACUCAGGAAUCCAUCUUCACGUACCUCUUCCAGACGACCUUCGACAAAUACCCUGCAGACGCUCGGGCGUUCGUGGAGGCGUCCACAGGUCAAGCGAUCUCUCGAGGACAGCUGAAGCAACUAUCACUCUCAUUCGCAUAUGGGAUUCGAGAUUACUUUCCAAAGGUUGGAGGAAUAUCCUUGAAGAGAGGAGAUGUCGUCAUGUUGUUCAGUCCUAACAGCCUUUCAUGGCCGAUCAUGAUGUUCGGGUCUAUUGCUGCAGGUCUCGUACCAACGUUAGCGAACAGUGCUUAUACGGCUAGGGAGCUCGCGUUCCAAUGGAAUGACAGUGAUGCUAAGGCUGUUUUAGUUCACCCUGCGUUGUUGCCUGUUAUCUUGGAGAUGUUCAAGAGUCUCGAUGUGUCCGCAAGCGAUGCAAGACGCCGAAUCAUCAUCGCGGAUUAUGAUCAGGUCAACCGUGAAGGAGCUCUUGGACAAUUCUUGCAUUUGGAAGACUUGUUGGGUGUGGGCAGUUGGAAAGAGGAGGAGGAGGCUUCUGGCGAGAAGGCUGAUGAGACUGCUUUGCUUUGCUACUCGUCGGGAACGACUGGAAAGCCCAAGGGUGUCCAGACUAUGCAUCGAAAUAUGACUGCGAUGAUGCCCAUGCUUGAGGCGAUAUUGCCACCUACAGACACCAAUGAUAUGUGUCUUGGUGUCCUGCCUUUCUAUCAUGUCUAUGGUGCGGUCAACAUCCUGAUGAACAUGUUCUUCGGCGGAGCCGCCAUUCUGAUCGUUCCCAAGUUCGACCCUAUCGAGUUCUUCCAGCUUAUUGAACAGUACAAGGUUACUCUUCUACUCAUAGUCCCCCCUAUGCAUUUAGCAUUUGCUCGACACCCAGCGGUGGCGAAGUUCAACAUGAAGUCGUUACGAUGGGUAACGUGCAGUGCCGCACCACUUCCAGUUUCUCUCCUUCAUGAAGUACGCAAACGAUUGGCUUCGCUUGGAUCCACGCCAUACUUGACUCAAGGCUAUGGGUGCACGGAAACUUCGCCUGCCACACACGUCGUCCACUACGAAGACUGGUUCCAUAAAGCUGGUUCAAUAGGUAGAUUGCUACCGAACCUCGAAGCUCGGAUCGUGCUCGAGAAUGGUGAGGAGGCACCUAUUGGGACGCCUGGAGAGCUUUGGGUUCGCGGUCCAUCAGUCAUGAAGGGUUACCUGAACAAUCCAGAAGCGACAGCAGGUUCGAUAACGGAAGACGGAUGGUUAAGGAUGGGUGAUAUUGUGACAAUGGAUGAAGAUGGGUUCUACUACGUCCUCGAUCGGCUGAAGGAGCUCAUCAAGUACAAGGGCUUCCAAGUCGCUCCAGCUGAACUCGAAGACCUCCUCAUUCAGCACCCCGACAUAGCAGACGCAGGUGUUGUAGGUGUUUACUCUGAAGAUCAAGCGACGGAACUGCCUAGGGCGUAUAUUGUCCGCAAGCCGACAAGCCAGACUGAUCCUGCUGCUUUAUCGAAGGAAGUGCAAAGUUGGGUCGAGGGUCGGGUGGCGAGGCACAAAUAUUUGCGUGGAGGUGUGGUCGUCAUUGACGCCAUUCCAAGAAGUGCUGCAGGCAAAAUGCUCAGACGAGAGUUGCGCGAUCGGGCCAAAACUGAGGUCAACAUUGAUGCACGAGCAAAGCUGUAGCUUCGUUGCGAGUUGUACGAUUGUGUGAGAUGCUCAAUUGAAUAUAUUCUUUCG